UUGAUUUCGUCGACUGGAGCUGAGAAUUUCGAGACAAUUCUAGCCUAUCUAUAUAGACAUCUUAAAUUUUGACGUGUAUGUGUGUGAUUCGAUAAAAAUCAACCUCAUAAAUAUAUUAAGCACGUAUGUAUCCAUGCGGACGUAAGCUGGAUAAAAAUAAUAAUUAAUAACAAACAAAUAAUAACUUCUGUGACUUUAAAUACCUCGUCAAUAAAAAAAAACAAAAGCAAUAAAUUAUAGGUUGUCAUGAUAUUCUGACUUGUGUUUAUUAAAUGUACAUCACAUAUAUAUUUUUGAAAAAUAUUACCAAAUAAAUAAAAAAAAUUAGAAAUGAAUACAAACAAUAGUAUUGAGAUCGAGCAACUUGAAGCAUCAGUUCGAAAUGUCAUUGAGCAGAGAUCCUUACGAUGGAUAUUUGUCGGUGGCAAAGGUGGUGUUGGUAAAACCACAUGCAGUUGUUCUUUGGCUGUACAACUGUCAAAAGUACGUGAAAAUGUUCUCAUUAUUUCAACUGAUCCGGCCCACAAUAUCUCUGAUGCGUUCGAUCAAAAAUUCAGCAAAGUUCCUACCAAAGUCAAAGGUUUCGAUAAUUUAUUUGCCAUGGAAAUUGAUCCGAAUGUGGGGAUGACCGAACUUCCGGAAGAAUACUUUGAAAAUGAAAAUGUGAUGGGUAGUGAAGCCAUGCGAUUAAGUCGAAGUGUUAUGCAAGAAAUCGUAGGCGCCUUCCCUGGUAUUGAUGAAGCAAUGAGUUACGCCGAAGUCAUGAAACUUGUUAAAGGAAUGAACUUUUCGGUUGUUGUAUUUGACACAGCACCUACUGGUCAUACGCUUCGACUUUUAUCUUUUCCACAAGUUGUCGAAAAAGGAUUAGGCAAAUUAAUGCGUUUAAAAAUGAAAAUAAGUCCUUUUAUAUCACAGAUAAGCUCAUUGUUGGGAAUGUCAGACUUUAAUGUCGAUAGUUUUUCAAAUAAAAUGGAAGAAAUGCUUGCAGUGAUAAGACAAGUCAAUGAACAAUUUAAAGAUCCAGAUCAAACAACAUUUAUUUGUGUUUGUAUAGCUGAAUUUUUAUCGCUCUACGAAACGGAGAGACUUGUGCAGGAAUUAACAAAGUGUGGUAUUGACACCCACAAUAUUAUUGUCAACCAGCUGUUGUUCCUCAAGGAGGGUGAUGUGCCCUGUAGACUUUGCUUAGCUCGGCACAAAGUCCAGGGAAAAUAUUUAGACCAGAUCAUGGAUCUUUAUGAGGAUUUCCAUGUGACAAAACUUCCUUUACUCGAGCGUGAAGUUCGAGGUGUUGAACAUGUCAAGGAAUUCUCGGAAAAUCUUGUCAAGCCAUACAAGCCUUAAUUAAUAAUAAUAAUUAUAAUAAAUAUUAAUGAUGAAAUGGUUGAUUGAGACAAACAUUUGAAUGCAAUAAGAAUCAUUUAGAGGUGCCACAGCAUCCAAAUUUUAUAUUUAUAAAUAUCGAUUAAUUUAUGAAAAAAAAAGUAGAUUUUUUAAAUACUUUUUCUUUUUCUUGAAUUUCCACGUCGUCCUUUUGUUCGACAAUAAUUAUUUCUAAUACAAUAAAAUUUUCCAGUAGUCACUGGGUCUCUUGUACCAAAUUCUAUUGGUUAAUUAAUUUUUUAGUUAAAUCGUGGUUGAAGGUUUCAUUUUUAUUUUAUUAUUAUUUCUUUUUUUAUAAUUAUUUUAUUUCGUUCCGGAGAGUGAUUCGUUUUAUUCAAACAGAUGAGGAACAAAUAAUUAGAAUCAUGAAAUUUCAUUCAGAGAAAAAUUUUAACAUCAUGUUAAAAUAAAAUAAUAGGAAGUUUGAAUUGAAAUAUCAGAAAUUUAAAAUUUAAUUUAUGUAGAAAAUUUUUAUUUCAAUUUAUUGAUCGGGGAAAUUUUUUUUUUAUUUGAAAGUAGAAUUUAGAUAAAAAUUGGCAUAUAUUAAUUAUAUAAAUACGAUUCGU